CUUAUUUUAAAAACAUGUUCUUUCACUAAAUAAAAAAAUGUGCUGUUUUCCUGACAUUAUUUUUAUAAUAGUCUUGAAUUACUACAGACUACAGCUGUAAUAAGUGUGUGCUAAGGCGUAUGUUUUGGUUUUGCCCAGCUGAGAAGGACAUGACGUCAUUCCCUGACAUAUACCAAGGCCAUUUAUGCGAUUGAUGAACUAAACUGAACAAAGGAACAAGGGUUAUAGAAAAUGGGUAACUGUUUCAAAUCAUCUAAUAAUGAUGACAUUUCUCUUCUUCGAGGUGGUGAUCACCAUGACUCUGCCCUAGAACCAGCACCGUUUGUUGAACCCCCACCUCCUUACAGAUCACAGGUUUUUACUUUUUUUGUUUGUUUUCGUAAUAUAAUGAUUCAUAUUCAUAAUAAUAGUAUUAGUUUGAUAUAAAUCAACAGUGGACUCACAAUCGGGAUUGUUUGUGCCUUGUUGGAGGCCUCAGUAGUUCAAAAGCCUUUUCGUUUUAUCGUGAUAGUAGGGCUAACUGAAUUGUAGUAUAACCCACAAAGAUGUUCAGUUCAUAUUAAUAUUAGUAAUUAGUAUUAGUAAUUAGUAAUUAGAAACUGGGCAGGAUGCUAAGACUAAGACUAAGAAUGAAUAGGGACAAACCUAAUUGCUCUUCUGUCCUCUAACUUUUUGUUUUGACAGGCUAUGUGUGAACAAUAUGUCUAUCAAUAUUCAGUGAUUGGAAUUGGUUUUAAUAUUAUUAAUUAAAGUAAAAUUAAAUGUAGGCUGAUACUGAUAAUACCAUAUGUGGCAAUGUGCCACUAUAUAAGAGAAGCCACUCUCAUAGUACACAUCCAUUAUCCAUGGUCAUUCAACGUAACACUCAGCCGUGUACUGGCCUUAAAUUUUAUCUAGGUUAUUUACACGCGGGAAUAACUAUCCCUGCUCCGGGGUUGACCCAUGGUCAGCUCGGACGCAGGUUCCGUGACUGUGUGUGUGUGUGUGGGAGGGGGGGUGAACUGGGACUUGAGGUGUGUACAACUUUUGAGAUUGUGGUGUGGGACGGAUGCGUCGGGUCGAGGGCAGGUGUGAGAGAUUUUCAUGUCGGCUCUGUCAACGGAUUGUACCUUACAUUAAUUAAAAAGCUAUAGUUCUCAGACCUGAUUGUUUUAUUGUGUUUUUAUGUAAACUGUAAGCUACAUCACCACUCGGCUACAGUUUUUGGGCGUUUUGAGCAGGAUCACCUACACACCACACUACUACAGUGUUUUGGCGUUGUCACCUAAGUCAACCCAACCACUCGGCUACAGUUUUGGCGUUGGCGGCAGGAUUCUUUGAGGAUAGUUUUAAAGAAAAGGUAACACAAUCAUAGACAGAACACACAUAGACCGACCGAUGGAGAAAAGUGCGUUAGAGCAGUUUCACCUAGCCAACAGUCUACCCAAGCUGUCUAAAUUUAAUGGCGAGUGCAAUGCAGAGCAGUUUGUGAAGGAAGUAAGACCGACCGAUGGAGAAAAGUGCAGUAGAACAGUUUCACCUAGCCAACAGUCCACCCAAGCUGUCUAAAUUUAAUGGCGAGUGCAAUGCAGAGCAGUUUGUGAAGGAAGUAAGGUUAUUCCUGCAACUUCAGCCGAUGCCCGCAGCCUCAGCGGUCAUCUGGAUAAUAGGUGCCCUGGAGGGACGUGCUCGUCAGGACAUUUUGGACCAAGCUGUUGCUACGAUAGACACUCCAGAUAAACUACUGCACUUGAUUUUGCAGAACUGGGGUGAUCAUCGUGACGUCACAACUCUAGCGGCCGCAUUCUACCGUAGACAACAAUACCUUGGGGAAACUGUCGAGGAAUAUGCGAAAGAAUUGCGCAACAUCUUCAUGUUAGCUAAUUCUGCACGACCUGGCAUUCUCCCAGAAGACAUACUGCGUGACGUAUUCAUCCAAGGUCUCCAACCACCCACACUACGCAGAGAUGUCAAGGCCUACGCAAGGCUACACACUAGCCGCUCAUUUGAUGACGUCCGUAGGGAAGCACAACGGUGGAUGCGUGAGUACAUUUCUGAUGUCGCCACCGCCCAGCUCUCAGCAUCACCGUCACCUUACCUGACCCGGCUGACAACACAACUUAUGGCUCGUAUUGACCAUCAAGUGGCAGCCAGGGCAGAAAGGUAUAACCCUCCAUCGCCUGAAAGGGACUGCGACGUCCGUUUUACCGAGUCUACACCAGCACCUACACAUCAGCGACGACAUAAGCGCAAGCGACAAACCACACGCACGGAUGUGUUAUGUCGUUGGUGUAGUCGUAGAGGUCACACAGAGCAGGUAUGUGGUGCCAAGAAAAAUUACAUUUCUCCAAGGAAUGGACAACCACAACACCCCAAGAGGCGACGGUCAAAAAGGAAAUCCAAGAUGCCAUUUGGUCAUGAUGCUGCUCACGACCAGCCGACUGCUGGUCAGCAUGUGUCAACAUAUGUAAGAGAACCUGGUCAGUUUAGCCCUACUGUUGUUGGAACUAAAUCUGAGAAUGUGCGAUCCACAAACUCAGACGCAAAUACGAUUCUUAAACUUCAACCCCAAAGUGUGACUAAUACAGCUGGUCAUAUUGACCGUCGAAAUAUUAGGAAGAGAUCAACAGUUAAUUUUUCUGACACUGUUUUACAGGAUGGUUCUGUUAGUGUUGCACCAAAACAACCGGCAGUUUGCCCAGAUGUUGAGAGAAGAACCGUUAUCAUGACCCACACAGUAACACUAAAAACAAAGACACACGUUUUUAAUUCUAAGGGAGAACUUCUGAAUGUUUUUGAGAAAUCUGAAAUUUUAUUAAAAAAUGAAAGUGAUCCAAUGGAAGAAGCCCAUCAAACCACAGAGGAUUCAAUCCCUACCGUGGUUUCGCCACCACCAACUUCCAGUACAAUGAGUACAGGGCACCUGAACGAUAUUAGCUCAUCCUCACAAACAAGGACAUUUAGUUACGACUCAAAAUCAAGCGUGUCCAGUUUAGAUGCUAUCCCAUCAAGACAGGUUUCACCACAACGGCAUGACACAUGUGUACCUGUCAUUACUGCUCCCCAACAUUCAUCACACUCACGAGGUAAACACGUGACCACAACGCAAGUAGUACCUCCACCAGUAGUACCUCCACCAGUGGUACCUCCACCAGUGGUACCUCCACCAAUAGUACCUCCACCAGUUAUACCACGCAGAUCACUUGGCAUCGCCGUGGCACAAAAAGACACUAGUCCUAGUUAUUGUUAAUGCUAAGUGUUUUAAUUUGUUUUUAAAUAUUCGAUAGUUCUCUAAAUUUUUAUUACAAACAGUUUAAACAGUUGGGGUGGAUGUGGCAAUGUGCCACUAUAUAAGAGAAGCCACUCUCAUAGUUAUAGUGUGACUGCUAUGGGUAACCCCAAGCACGUACACAUCCAUUAUCCAUGGUCAUUCAACGUAACACUCAGCCGUGUACUGGCCUUAAAUUUUAUCUAGGUUAUUUACACGCGGGAAUAACCAUCCCUGCUCCUGGGUUGACCCAUGGUCAGCUCGGACGCGGGUUCCCUGUGACUGUGUGUGUGUGUGUGUGGGAGGGGGGGGUGAACUGGGACUUGAGGUGUGUACAACUUUUGAGAUUGUGGUGUGGGACGGAUGCGUCGGGUCGAGGGCAGGUGUGAGAGAUUUUCAUGUCGGCUCUGUCAACGGAUUGUACCUUACAUUAAUUAAAAAGCUAUAGUUCUCAGACCUGAUUGUUUUAUUGUGUUUUUAUGUAAACUGUAAGCUACGUCACCACUCGGCUACACAUAUAUAAUAUAUACUAUACUCCUUCUAAAACCUGUUCAUUCAUAAACCAACCCCAUAAAUCAUAAAAUAUGCCACUGGAGGCAAUAUGUACUAAAGAAAAUAAGAUAUUUUUAAAACCCAGACUUUUAAAAAAUUAUUAUGUAAGUCAAGGAAUUCAAAGCUGAUGAACAAACAGUAUGAUGUUUAAGACAGGUACUCUUGGUCUACGUGUGUUUAACUGUACUGAACAUUUCCAAAAACAGAUAAAUGCUGCUUUGAAAGGAAUAUAUGGGUUGGCUUAUCUUUGCUUCUGUGUUUUAUGCUAUAAAUAUUAAUUAACACAUUUGCCCAUGUGCAGAUCCCAUAAUAGUUUUGUAAAUUGAUCCCAUUUUUGCAGUAUGGUUGUUAGUAUUAAAUAUAGCUCAGGUGCUGGAACCCAAUCUUAUAAAUUGAGAGUAGCACUGACCUUUCAAAAACUGGAUUUCAAAUGCUGCCAAGAUCUUAUAAAAUAUGACAUUCUGACCUUGUUGUGUGGAACAGUUGAGAAUACAUUGAAAGAUCCCAAAUAUGUGACCCAAUAUUGCAUUCUGCUUCACAACUUAUUGUGACUUCAGUUAAUUGCUUUUUUUAUUCAUUGUUUCCUAUAAUUUGAAUCAAUGUAACUUCUUCUUCUUUCUUCUUAUGCCUUUUUACCUCGUCUGGGGCAAAGGCUGUCCACAAGAAUUUUCCAUUCAUCAUGGUCCUGUGCUUUCCUUUCCAGUUGCUUCCGGGUGUAUGCUAUAUUUUGCGUGUCUGCCUCUAGAUCUCGUCUCCAUGUAUUCUUUGGCCUUCCUCUCUUUAUUUUUCCCUGGGGAUUCCAUGUUAGAGACUUUCUGGUGAGAGCUAUAGGGGGGGGGGGGUUCGGAGAGUAUCCCCUAUCCACCUCCAUCUUCUCUUUAUGAUGUCUUCAUCACUGGGCACCUGGUAAGUCUUUCUAGUAGAUCUUUGUUAGUGAUGGUAUUUGGCAAUAUGAUUUUCAGGAUCUUUCUAAGGCAUGUCUUUAUGAAGGCCUGUACUUUCUGUGUAAUGCUCGCUGUUGUUUUCCAAGUUUCUGCUCCAUAUAGUAGAACUGUUUUGACAUAAGUGUUGAAGCUUCUGACUUUGGUUUGUAGCUUUAGCUCCUUCGACUCCCAUAUUUUCUUUAAUAGCACAAAUGCCGAUCUAGGCUUUACAAUUCUGGCCCUUACAUCCGCCUCAGAUCCGCCAUUAAUGUUGAUGGUGCUGCCUAAAUAUGUGAAGGAUUCCACUUCUUCUAGUUCCUUUCCUGCCACAGAGAUAUGCUCUUGGUUGGCUGAGUUUACCUUGAUGAUCUUCGUCUUGCUUUUAUUUAUAUUGAGUCCGAGCUGUGCUGAAUUGGUGGCUACGUCUUUUGUCUUUUCCUGCAUUUGUUGCUGAUUGUGGGACAGAAGUGCAAUGUCAUCUGCAAAGUCUAGGUCAUUCAGUUGUUCCCAGAAUGUCCACUGUAUCCCGUUCCUCUUGUCUGGAUUUUUUCAUUAUCCAAUCAAUGGCAAGGAUGAAUAGGAAGGGGAAAAGAUACAUCCACGUCUCACUCCAGUUUCCACUUUUACGUCAUCUGUGAGUCUACCUUCGUGGACCACCCUGCAAGUCAUUUCUUCAUAAGAACUCUGAAUGAUCCUGACUAGUUUUCCUGGUACUCCAUAGUGCUUAAGAAGUUUCCACAAGGUUUGUCGGUCCAGACUAUCAAAGGCCUUUUUGUAGUCUACAAAAUUUAUAUAUGGGGGGAGUUCCAUUCGAUGGACUGUUCUACAAAGAUUCUGCAUGUUGCAAUUUGAUCUGUGCAUUAUCUGUUUCAGAGAAAGCCAGCCUGUUGAUCUCGUAGCUGCAUGUGGACCUGGUCUCUCAUUCUUUUCAAAAUAAUAUGAGGUAUCCUUCUUUCCAAUCUUGGGAACUCUCUCUUCUUCCCAUAUCUUUUCAAACAGAGGGUGCAGCAUGUUGACCAUUGUAUCUAAAUCAGCUCUCAUCAUCUUUGCUGUGAUUUUAUUCGGUUAUGGUGCUUUCCCUAAUUUGGGCUGCUUGAUGGCCAGAGCUAUUUCUUCCUUAUUUGGUGCGCUUUAUUCUAUUUGUAAGUCUUCAUUUGCUGGUUGUAUGUCUGGUGUGUCUGUUAGUGGGGGGUCUGUUUAAUAAUUCCUUAAAGUAUUCCACCCAUCUUUUUUUGUUGUUCUUUCCUUUCCGUUAUUGAUCUGCCUUCUUUAUCUUUAACAGGUCUCUGCGGCCUUUUGUAUCUUCCUGACAGCUUUCUUGUAAUGUUGUAGAGCUCUUUCAAGUUACCCUUCCUGGCUGCUUCUUCUGCUGUUUUUGCGAGACCAUCUCUGUAGGCAUUUAUAUCUUUUUUGAUGCUUUUUUGACCUUUUUAUUUGCUUCUUUAUAUUUCUCUUGCGCUUUUGUUUUCUCCGCCCUGGUGCGGCUGCUGUUAACUAGACUUUUCAUUUCUUUUCUCUCUUUUAUAUUUUGCAGUGUGUCAAGUGAGAGCCAGUCUUUGUUUUUCUGCUUUAAUGAUCCUAAAACCUCUUGGCAAGUGGAUGUUACAGCCAUCUUUAUCUUUUGCCACUUGUGCUCUACCUGGUCAUCUUCUGUUUGGUCUUCCAGUGCUUGGAACUUAUUUCUUAAGGCGGCACUGAAUUCUUCUUGUUUCUGCUCGUUUGUCACUAGUACCAUGUUGAAUUUUGUUCAUUCAGCAGCUGGCUGUUUCUAGUUUUUCUUCAGUUUAACUAAGCCUUGCCCAAACAAGAUGAUGAUCUGAUGCGACAUCGGCUCCUCUUUUUGCUUGUACAUCUUGUAGAGAUCUAAUUUUUUUUCUAUUACAUAUUUGAUCUAUUUGGUUUUGUGUUUUGCUAUCCGAGGAUACCCAUGUUAUCUUGCGGAUGUUUCUAUGUUGGAAUUGGCUGCCUAUGAUAACAAGCUCAUUUGUUGCACAGAAGUCUCCUAGUCUUUCUCCUUUCUCAUUCUUCUCUCCUACACCAUGGCGUCCCAUGAUUUCCUCAUACCCAUUGUUGUCUUUUCCAAUCUUGGCAUUUAGGUCUCCCAUUAAAAUGUUCAGGUCUUUACUUGGGAAUUUUUCUAUUAUUGCUUGUAGUCUAUUGUAGAAUGUUUCUUUCUCGUCUUCUUUGCUAUCGUUGGUGGGUGCGUAACACUGAAUUAUAAUAAUAAUAAUAAAGUUUAUUUGAAAAUCACGCUUCAUCCCCAAAGGCUCGAAGCGCGGUACAUAGUCUAGUAUAUUAAAAGAGAAAUGAAACAAUCUAUAAUAUACCACAUUGAAGUACAAAAUGCAACAUUACAAAAACUACAUACGAGAAUACCCAUUCUAAGUCUUUCAUACCUUGCAACCAUAAACAACACAGGGCAAUAUACAUCUACAAGAUAAUAGCUAGACAGACAACAUCACCCCUGCAGGUGUUUGCGAAAUAGAUAAGUCUUCAAAUCAGUUUCGAAAGACUCCACUGUCUGGCUGUUUCUGAGAGCGACAGGAAGGGUGUUCCAAAUUGUUGGACCAGCAAAUGCAAAAGUGCGCCUUCCGUAUAUCUCAAUGUGAACACAUGGUAUCGGGAGUUUGCUGCUAUCAGAUGAGCGGAGUUGUCUAGUGGGUAAAUAAGACGUCAGCAGCUCUUUGAGAUAAGAAGGUGCCAGGUCAUGCAAGCAGUGGUAGCACAGAGUUGCAAUUUUGUACUCUAUGCGAGCGUGAACCGGCAGCCAAUGCAACUCUGUCAGAAGUGUUUUAGCAUGGUCAAAUUUGCGUUUGCGAAGAACAAUGCGAGCCGCAUUAUUCUGUGCUUUUUUAAUUUUAUCUAGGAGCGUAGCUGGAAGACCCACCAUAAGAGCAUUGCAGUAGUCCAUCCGUGAUAGCACGAAUGCAGACAUCAGCUUCUUUGAUGCAUCUAACGUUAAGAAAGGUCUGAUGUGACUAAUUCUGCGCAGUUCUAGAAAAAUUGCCUUUCAAAGCAUGUUAAUGUGAUUUUCCAUAGUUAGUGUUCUGUCUAAAUAGACACCCAGGUUUCGCACUGUUUUAGCAAACUUAAUCUGUAUACCUGCGAGAGUAAAGGUUUGUGUGUUAUUUAUACAUUUUAGCUUUUGAGCAGUAGCAAUGGGGAUCAGCUCAGUCUUUUCAUUGUUCACUUUAAGCUUGUUUAUAGUCAUCCAGUGCUUAACUGACUCCACUGUCUUCUGUGUCAUACUAAGAACCUGAGGGAACUGAGAGGGGAUCACAGAUUGCCGAAGUUGGGUGUCAUCCGCGAACAUGUGAUAUAGCAAGUCAAACUGCUUGAUCACUGCACCCACGGGCUGAUCGUACAUUGUGAAAAGCGCUGGGCCUAUUUAUUUUCUUUUUCUUGGUUUGGAAGUUUGCUGUUAUUAUUUUUGGUCCAUGGGCUUCCCAUCCAAUCAGUGCGUCCUGUGCCAACAUAAAAGCGACUUCUUGCGUAUGCAGAGCAUUUUCCUCCUCAUGCCUCGAGGGCAUUAGCAUUUACCAGAGGCCAAGCUUGUAUCUAUCCAGCUUGUAUCCAUCUAGUUUCACAGAUGCCAAGCAAUGUAAGUUUGUAAGUUCUCAUUUCUGCUGCCACCUGUGCUGCUUUCCUUGUUUCAUACAUGGUUCUGACGUUCCACGUUCCUAUGUUUGUUUCCUUAGAAAUGAGGGUCUUCGGCUUGGAGGCUUCCAGAAUAGCCUGGGUUUGGCCACAAGGCUUCAUAGCUCUUCUUGAAGAGUCCUCUCUUCUCAGGGCUGAGAUUUGUUGGUUUUUUCUUGUUGUCGUUUCUGUAGCAGUUUGUUUUUACGGGUGAGGUAGCUGGCCUCAAGCCAGCCCUCCUCCUUUCGCACCUGGGCUUGGGACCGUCCUUGGCGGAGUUAAUCAAUGUAACUUAAGAAAAUUUUAAAAUCUCAUAAGACAACCCCCCCCCUCUCUUAUUCCCCUGAAAUAUUUCAAAUGUGUUGAUGGAUAUAAGCUGUUUUUUUAUAUUUUUAUUUAAAGUUUAUUUGGUUAUUGUGUCGAAUUCCUGGCAAUCUUCUGUGAAGUCCAUUUCGCUAACUGCUAUGUAACUAUUGAACUUUUUAAAAUACUUUAAUCAUUAAAAAUAGAUUUGUUUUAACAGCUUCUUUAUAAAAUAUGAAGGAAGUUUUGUUUUUUUCAAAAUCAAUUUAAAGGAAUAAACAAAAAAGCAUGCAUUAUAUCUUCCUUCAUUAGCUAGAGCCACAACAGCGUAUGCCCAUCUACCAUCCAUCUCCUGGUGUAAGUCGCCUAGCUAACCAGCUUACAGAGGAUGAGCAGAUCAAAAUAGCGCAGCGUCUUGGGCUUAUUAAUCAUCUCCCCACUGGAAAAUACGAUGGGACAAACAAAAAAGCUAAAGAGUAAGUAACUCUAAUAAAAUACCAGGCUGUUUUAAACAAAUUUUUCAUACAUUAUUCUCAAUGUUUUCUACUUGAAAUUCAGAGGAAUAACAUCUCGUUUAAAAUCUAUUUCCACCAGGUGUGUCAUUUGUAUGAAUGAAUUUCUCUUCGGCGAGCAGCUGCGUUACCUCCCCUGCAUGCACACAUACCACAAAGAAUGUAUUGAUGACUGGCUGAUGAGGUCCUUUACUUGCCCCAGUUGCAUGGAGCCGGUGGAUGCAGCUCUUCUAACAACGUAUCAGACAAGUUGAUCUCAGGUUCUAUAUAUUGCUGGCUGAAUGGCCAUCACCUUCUUGACAAAUAAAGCUGGCAAAUGAAUUGAUAUUUGCAUACCAUAUGGACGAAAGAUCAUCUUAACAGUGCUGAAUCUUUGUAUUAAGUAUUCUUGAACAGAUUAUAGUGAGUUAUCUUCUGAAACGCUGCUGAUAAUGAUGAUGGGAGGUAACACUUAUUUUUGUGUCUUGAAUUUUUGAUGGACCAUAACACUUGAUGGAGGUUUAAAAGAUGUCUUUCCUCACCCUCCUCUGCUUACAAAUGUCCCCCUGCAUCGUCUUGUUGUUUUAAAUUGUCCAUUCCCCGAAUCUUUCAAUCGAUUCUAGAAUUGACCUUUUUUUUUUUACGGCCUUUAUCUGUUAGGGUAAAUAAAAAAAUUGAAAUAGUUUUGCUGCAAUGUAAAAAGUAUUUACAAUUAAAAAUCACAGCGUUAACAUGGUAAACAUUUAAGGGAAGAAAAAAGAAAGGGAAAUUUCUUCGCAUUUAAGUUUGAAUAAUAGAGAUCAUUAAUUCUUUUGCUGAUGUAACAUCUUUAUUGAAUGACAGUAGCACUCAAGUAGAAAUUUUAACGUCGCAGAAGCAUCAUGAUGGUAUUUUCCACUCUUUAUUUAAAAGCUUUCAUACCCGUGCCACAUGUGCAGUUGUACUUAUUACAUUCUAAAAUAUACAGAGCUCUUUUAUUUUAAAAUGUUGGAAACAAUGCUGAUGUUUUCUCUGUCUCAUUUUGAUCUAAUGUGCAAGGUACAUGUGCACCAUUUCCAUAAUGUGCAAGGUACAUGUGCACCAUUUCCACUCUGUCAUUGUAAAUACUCAUGUUCUAGAGUCACCAGAUUUACUUUUUCUUUUUUCUUUUUGCGUGGAUCUCUUAGAUCAAUGCAAUUUGUUCAUAUAAUGUUUUUUGUUGUUUUUUUGAGUUACAGGAAUUUUCAAGCUUGUAAAGGAUAGUUUUCUUUUUAUUCUUAAAUUGCUUUUCUUUUUUUUAUGCUUUUGUCUCUCACCAUAAAAUUACAGCAAACUGUCAAAAGAGCUGUUAAAAUUAUUUUUUUAAAUUUUAAACAAGAAAAUUAAAAACUGCAUACUCCAUGCUACAUUUGAGUUGACAUGCUAAACAUUUCGAAUCUUAAAUGAAAUAAUAUAUCAAUAAUUUUUUUGUGCUACUGCAAAUAAUAUUGUAAUGAAAUGUUACGCUGGUACAUGGAAAAUAUUAUUUUAUUUUAAGAAAUGUGACAAAACAGAUUGUAAGUAAAGAGAAACAAGGAAAAAAUUAUGCUCAGCUUCUUAGAUUUGUAUUCUCAAGUAUUUCAGCUUUUUAAUAAAAAAAAUGUAUCAACUUUUCAAGCAAAAAAAUGAACUCCAUUAUGUAUUCUAGGCCACAUUUUGAAAAGAUCUUAACUAGCAACUCUGCCAUCAAGCUACUACCACACAGCAUGAUGCAGUCAAUCUCAUUUUGAAGCCCUCUUGUUAAAUUCAUUCAUAGAAAUCUAUGCUCCUCAUGGCGCUGUUCUCAGUAUUUUUAAACUUAGCAACAUUUUCAAUUUAAGUUAAGCUUACAUCAUAUAUUAUGUUAAUCAAGAGAAAUUUGCUUUUUGUUUUUUUAAAUUGAGUUGUUGAUGUAUACGGAGAUGUCAUAUUUUUCAUGCAGCACAAAUCCAAAACCUGUUUAAGUCUACAUAGAAAUACAAUGCAAAUGACUAUUGUUAUAAUGCUAAAACAAAAGUUCUUUAUUUUGAUGUAAAUUAGAUUUCCCUUUAGAAAUUUUCCCAUUUUGCUACAUGUUAAGAUUUUCUUGUCAUUGGUUUCUUUUAAACUUUCAUUUGGUUUCAUUUUUUUCAAAUAAAAUUCCAACUGACCACUAAGGAUUUAUUUCACUUCCAGAAAAAAGACAGUGUUUCAUGUUAUGGGCAUUCAUUUUUACAACAGCUUUUUCUCUUAAAGAAAAGCUUGAAAUGAGUGCAUUACAUUUAUUUUUAGAUUAUUGUGUUUUCAUAUUUGAAUUUCAAAAUGGUUUACCACAAGGCUCAUGUGCCUCAAUAAAAAUUAGAAGAGUAAUUGUUAGUAUCACCUGAAAUCAAAAUUUCAAACAUAUUCAUUUGAUGUUUUUUUUUCCCACUAUUAAUAUUGGGGGAGCCUCUCUCACAUUUUUAAAAUUACAUCAAAGGAAUUAAAAUAGUGAAAAUAUGAGUAUUUGUAUGUGUUUUGCUCUCAAUUUUGAGAUAAUAUAUUUCUGUUCAACACCUAAAAAAUCACCCCUAAAAGUUGGUCACAGUGGAAAACACAAAAAUAACAAAGUACAGCUCCUGUGUUACACAGACAGAUUUCCCUAACAUUUUUCCUUUAUGGAAAUAUUGUUGUAUAUUUUGCAAUUCCAAACACUGUCUGUUCCUCAACUUUAAGAUUUAGGAGGUAACUUUAACUUGAGAAAUCUGAUGGGUGUCAUUUCCAGUAAAUUGAAAAAAUGUAUGAUAAUAAUGAAGGAAAACUCAAUUUAAAGUUGAAUUUAAAUUAUUCACAAUGAUCAUUAUGUGAUAUUCAACAUGUCAUGCUCCUGCUUGACGGCCACACAUUUCACCUUUGUAAUGUUAUUUUAGGCUUAAAAUAAGCAUGCUGUUUAGGCACACCAUAUGUACUGCGCAAGCUUAAAUAGGGAUUUGUUUCACACUGGUCUAGUUUUUGACCCACCUGUAUAUGAGAAUAUUCCUGUACUGUUCAACAACCUUGUCUUUAAAUUUUUUGCGUUUAGCUCUGUUUAUGUAAAGGUGUAAAUAUUAUUGUGGAAGCAUGGAUUUCUAAUGACUUUAUUCAUUUACAGAAUGUGUCUCAUUUUUUUAAACCAUUACUUGUUCUUUGAAUCCAUCUUAGUCACCAUCUCUGUUAGCUGUUUAAAAAUACAUUGAAACAUGUUCCUAGUAUAUAUUCAUACUACAAGAAUAGCUAUCCCACAAUUAUUUGUAAAUAGUGACAUAUUUUUUUAGAAGUUUUUGUACGAUAGCUAUUAAUGAAUUGAGAUUUGUAAAAAUUUUACUUUAGCAACAGCAAUAUCAGGAAUCCCACAAAUUUGUCAUUUUCAAAUGCCAUCUUAUUGUCAUACCACUGCUUGUUGUGAUGUCUGCCAAAAUUGAUUAACUGCUCCCCCUAUGUUUAAAUAAGAAAAUAAACUAUUUCUUCUUCUUUAUUUUAAGGGCCCACGAUCAAUGAAUUGAUCAUUCUGGCUCCUAUGUUUCAGAGGGGUUUGCGAUGUUACUGUCCAUGGGUUUCAAUGGGAUACUUCACUGGUUUCGAGGGCGACUCAGCAGUGUUGUUAUGAACUGGGGUUGGAAUACAGGAGGCAAUAGACACAAAUGUCUCGAAUGUAGCAGCCUCAACUGUUGCUUUUGGAAGCUUGUUCCAGUCCCCUAUUGUCUUCGGCAGGAAUGAGGAGCUUCUGUACUUUGUUCUUGUUUUUACCAGCCGGAACUGUUUGUCGUGACUUCGUCGCAGUCUGGGGGGAAGAUGAACGAGUUUCUGUUUGAUUCCGGAGCAGUGCACCAGCCCAUUUGUUAUCUUGUACAACAUGGUGAGCCUGGAUAGUCGUCGUUCUUCCAAUGUCGACCAGCCCAGUGUUUCCAGCAUGCUACCAACACUCGAGGUGCUUCUGUAGCGGUUCAUGACAAAGCGUGCUGCCCGUCGCUGGACCGCCUCCAACCUGUCGAUGCUAACCAGCCCAGUGUUUCCAGCAUGCUACCAACACUCGAGGUGCUUCUGUAGCGGUUCAUGACAAAGCGUGCUGCCCGUCGCUGGACCGCCUCCAACCUGUCGAUGCUUUUCUGGGUAAAUGGGUCCCAGACUGUAGAAGCGUACUCUAAAAUAGGCCGGACAAAGGCUUUAUAGGCUUAUUCUUUCACGCUUGAGUUGCUAUUAUGUCCAAUAGCCUUGUGUACAAAGUGUUGUCCUAUGUUUUCUUACCUUUUGUUUCCUUCAUUUUGUAAGACUCAAUGCGUUAUUUAAACAAAACUAGGAUUAUUUUGUGAUGGCUUUUUAAUAGCUUGAUUUUGUGAUGUCUGACACAUUGAGUGAUGUCUGACACAUUGAGUGAUGUCUGACACAUUGAGUGAUGUCUGACACAUUGAGUGAUGUCUGACACAUUGAGUGAUGUCCUGGCAGCUCCACUGGAUAGUGAAGUUGUACUUUCAUUAAAUAUGCAAGAGCUAUACCGGUACUACUUUUAUUUUUACUAGACAGUAAAAAAAAAAAUGUGUUAAUAGGAUAUUACUCUCUGAAUUUGUAAUAUUGAAAAAUAGAAAGGAAAUGGCAUUUCAGUUUUGAAAUGUGGAAAGUAAACUUUAUUUUAAAGUUAUUUGACAGAUCUUUAAUUAUUUAUUGUUUUACUUCAGUGAGAAGACGAGAGGAGAUGGAUAAGAAAUCUCUGUCUGCUUGGUUUUACUUUAUUACGUAUGCUUUGCAUUCAGUCUUUCAUUUAUUUGCUCUCCCUUUGUUGCAAUUUUAAUUUAAUUUAUUUGAAUAUUUUUGUGCACUUAAUAUAUGUUUGCUUCUCAACUUUUCUAAAGCUUUCCUCUGAAUUGGUUUUUUAAUAUUGAUCUCUAAAAUUAACAGAAGGUACUGCGCUAUAUAAGACCCCUUAUUAUUAUUAUUAUUAUUAUUAUUACAUCAGAAGGAACUAAACUGAAUCACAGAAUUUUUGUGUGUUUUUUUAAAAUCUUGUACUGUUACCUGGUACUCGGUUCUCUGAACGACAUAGUGUGUUCUGUAAAUAAAAAAUUUCUUUUUUUAAGUUGAUUGGUAUAAAAUGGCUAUGAUAUGAGCAAUUAAUUGUCUUAAAUUUUUUUUAGAAAUGUUAGAUGAUUGUUGUGAGUGUAAAGAGAUCACUGACCUCUUGUCAAAAGACAAUCAUAAAAUUUCCUUUUCUUCCUCGGGAGCUUAUUAAGAUGUUUUAUUCAAUUAAAAAAAUAUGUCAUUACAUUUCUUUGUCAAUUCCAAUCUGUUACUACAGAAGCCGGCCCCAUCAGAUUCAAUUUUUGUUUCUUUUCAAUGAAUGCCUGCAGCCCCUUAUAGAACUAAAUGAAAGGAGUCAAAGUGGUUUUAACAUUUUUUUAAAUUAAUUGCCCCAUAAAGCAAAUUUAAAACACGUUCGGUUACUUUGUCCUGUCUUAUAUUCUAUUUGAAGUGAAGAUCAUAUGGGAAUGCCUCGGUUACUUUGUCCUGUCUUAUAUUCUAUGUCAAGUGUUGAUCAUAUGGGAAUGCCUUUAUUUUUUGGGGUUGUGAGUCGAGGAUUUGUGUAAUGUGCAUGGAAAGUUUUUAAUCCAAUCUUGCUUGACAGAUUCAUUAUGUCUUAUUUAAGAUGAUAUAUUUUAGUACUCGUGCAUUCUCAUUCCUAAGCAUUACUGGACCUUUUUUCCUUCAAAUUCCUAAAUUCCCUUGAUGAACUAUUAGGCUAUGUAUGGGGUGUUCAUUUUCUGUAUGAAGGCAGAAAUGAUGCCCUAAAAAGGAUUUGGAAUUCUUUAUUACUAGUUGUGGUUACUUUUUUCUUUUUAAAUAUGAAUUUGAAGAAAGGGGGGGGGGGAAUACAUCACACACAAAGUUAAUAUUAAUAUUAUAAACAGAGUUUAUCUUUAAACAUUGCUUUGUCUGUUGGUUAGUUCAUUUUUCUCCGAACUUCUCAGAUAAAAUCUACUCAAGAAGCUUUCAUGACUUCAUUUCUUUCUCUUAUCUUGAAAUUGUUAGCCAGUUCUUGUGAUAGUUGUCACAAGCCAGUCCUUGUGAUAGUUGUCACAAGCCAGUUCUUGUGAUAGGUGUCACAAAGCCUAACGUGUUAAAAGAUUUUGUUUACUGCUGGUUGGUUGAAGGAUCCUGAAUCUAAAUAUUUGUCUGUCAUUCAUCUGAUACUACCCAAAUAUACCCUGGCAAUCUGUCCAAUGUGUUGGAUUGCUGAAUGUGUUAACUCUUGUCCUUUGACCUACAGUCUUAUAAUACAUAUGUUUUGAGUUGGUGCAGUUCAUCAUGCGCCAGCAAAGGACGUAACUGUAAUGCUUUUUAUUUUAAAUACAUGCACUGUUACUGCCCUUGUUGUAAAAUUCUGACCAUUUGCAAUAAAGUAUUUUAAUGAUGUUAAAACAUAAUGAUUUGUUUAAGUUUGUUUUAAUUGUUCUUUUAUCCACUAGCGUGAAGCAUGUGUGUGAACUGUGAACAUAACUGAGACUGUAUUUAUUUGUGUGAACUGUGAACAUAACUGAGACUGUAUUUAUUUGUGUGAACUGUCAACAUAACUGAGACUGUUGUAUUUAUAGCUAAGACUAAUGUCAACAUUGCCUUUUUCGAUUACGGGUAUUCGAUUUUUUUAAUUGAGAAUAAUAGAAGAUAACGGACGAUGACAGAAAUAUAUAUAAAGACAAUAGGGCAGUUACCUAAUAGCCCCCACCCACCCCACUAAGACACCCUAUAAGAAUCAAGAUGGAGGCCAAAGCCAGCAUAAUCAACACACUCGUUAUUCUGACCCUUACUUAACAGUGUCAGAACUGCGCUCUGAAUAAAAGGCUCUAUAAAAAUUCCUCGCCUAUGGCGAGAAGCUGGUGACACGAAACAACAUUGGGAACCAGGAAAAACAAAAUGCAUGGUUGAUGCCAUCCCAAUCAGCCAAUAUUUGACCCCAACAGCAAGAUAAAUUUGAUUGACCACCUGCCUGUCUAACAAACUUGCAUUGCAAGCUUAAAGCAGCAGGCAGUGCUGUCUGAGUGCCAGAGGAAGACUACGAGGUUGGUGGAUCGAAAUUGUUAAGGGCAUCCUAAAAGUUCACAACAUGAAUCCUCAGCGGGCCUCACUCACACAUUACGUCAGAUCACCUUACUCACACCUUGCGUCAGAUCACCUCACUCACACCUUACGUCAGAUCACCUCACUCACACCUUACGUCAGAUCACCUCACUCACACCUUACGUCAGAUCACCUCACUCACACCUUACGUCAGAUCACCUCACUCACACCUUACUUCAGAUCACCUCACUCACACCUUACGUCAGAUCACCUCACUCACACCUAACGUCAGAUCACUUCACUCACACCUUGCGUCAGAUCACCUCAGCAGGCCUCACUCACACUUAACGUCAGAUCACCUCACUCACACCUUGCGUCAGAUCACCUCACUCACACCUUACGUCAGAUCACCUCACUCACACCUUACGUCAGAUCACCUCACUCACACCUUACGUCAGAUCACCUCACUCACACCUUACGUCAGAUCACCUUAGCAGGCCUCACUCACACCUCGUGUCAGAUCACCUCAGCAGGCCUCACUCACACCUUACGUCAGAUCACCUCUCUCACACCUUGCGUCAGAUUAACUCACUCACACCUUGCGUCAGAUCACCUCUGCAGGUCUACCUCACACCUUACGUCAGAUCACCUCACUCACACCUUGCGUCAGAUCACCUCAGCAGACCUCACUCACACCUUACGUCAGAUCACCUCUCUCACACCUUGCGUCAGAUUAACUCACUCACACAUUACGUCAGAUCACCUUAGCAGGCCUCACUCACACCUUGUGUCAGAUCACCUCUGCAGGUCUCAAUGAAACAUUGCGUCAAAUCGCCUUACUCAAAAUUUUGCGUCAGAUCAUCUCAACAGGCCUCACUCACACGUUGCGUCAGAUCUCCUCAACAGGCCUCACUCACACGUUGCGUCAGAUCACCUCAACAGGCCUCACUCACACGUUGCGUCAGAUCUCUUCAACAGGCCUCACUCACACGUUGCGUCAGAUCACCUCAACAGGCCUCACUCACACGUUGCGUCAGAUCACCUCAACAGGCCUCACUCACACGUUGCGUCAGAUCUCUUCAACAGGCCUCACUCACACGUUGCGUCAGAUCACCUCAACAGGCCUCACUCACACGUUGCGUCAGAUCACCUCAACAGGCCUCACUCACACGUUGCGUCAGAUCACCUCUACAGGCCUCACUCACACGUUGCGUCAGAUCAUCUCAACAGGCCUCACUCACACGUUGCGUCUUCUUCUUCUAUAUUUUUAGGGCCCACGAUCAAUGAAUUGAUCGUAUGGCUCCUAUGUUUCAGAGGGGUUUGCGAUGAUAUUGUGUAUGGUUUUCAAAGAGUUACGUCGCCGGUUGAAAGUGCUACUCCGCAGUGGUAUUAUGAACUGGGGGUUGAAAGACAGGAGGCAAUAGACGCAAAUGUGUCAAGUGUAGUCGCCUCAACUGUUACUUUUGGAAGCCUGUUCCAGUCCCUUACUGUCUUUGGCAGGAAUGAGGAGCUCCUGUACUGAGUUAUUGUUUUUAUUAGCCGGAACUGCCUGUCGUGGCAUCAUCGCUGUCUGGGGGUCGGGGUGUGGGGGGGGGGCGGGGGACAUGGGCGACUUUCUGUUGAUGCAAGAGCAGUGGACCAGCCCAUUUUUUUUUAUCUUGUACAACAUGGUGAGCCUGGAUAGUCGUCGUCGUUCUUCCAAUGGUGACCAGCCCAGUGUUUCCAGCAUGCUGCCAACACUUGAGGUGUUUCUGUAGCAGUUCAUGACAAAGCGUGCUGCCCGUCGCUGGACCGCCUCCAAUCUGUCGAUGCUUUUCUGGGUAAAUGUGUCCCAGACUGUAGAUGCGUACUCUAAAAGCGGCCGGACAAAGGCUUUGUAGGCUUUUUCUUUCACGCUUGAGUUGCCGAUCUUCAGAUUUAGCCUUAGGAACCCCAGGGUCUUGUUGGCCAGGUUGCACACAUUUAAAAUGCGCUCGUCCCAGUGGAGCUCUCUUUAAAUGGUAACACCUAGGUACCUAACGGAGGAAACUUGCUCAAGAAUAUGACCAUGCAAUUCGUAAGAGUGGUGUAGAGAGGAUCUGCUUCUAGAAACCGACAGGGUCUGACUCUUGACGGGAUGAAAUUCCAUGACCCAGCUCAUCUCCCAAUCUGCUAACCGAUUGAGAUCCUGUUGUAGCUGGUCUUGUUCAGAACUGUUGGCGAUCGUCCUAUACACCGCCGUGUCUCUGCGAACAUUCUUGCUUGAGAGGUCAGCUCCUCGCAGAGGCGUAGCGUGGUGGGGGCAGGGGGGGACAGAUUUCCCCGGGCGCCAGCUAGUUAGGGGCGCCAAAAUGUGCUUUGAUAUUAUUUUAUUGAUGAAAAUAAAGGUUUUGAGAGUUGAAAAAAAGAAAAAGGGGCGCUAAAAAUGGAUCUUGUCCCCGGGCGCGAAUCUUGUCCCCGGGCGCCAAACACCCUCGCUACGCCACUGGCUCCUCGGGAAGAUCAUUGAUAUAUGCUAGGAACAAACAGGGGCUAGCACCAACCCUUAGGGAAAUUCUGACUUCACACCGACAAAGAGGAGGUUGUGCCAUCUACCACUACUGCCUGGCAUCAGUCGCGGAAGAAGCUAGAAAUCCAUGUUUUUUUAGUGCCUUGGAUUCCAAAUCUGCAGUUCGUGUAAUAGCAAGCUAUGGUUGACACGGUCAAACGCCUUUUAGAAUUCCAGCACAAGCACAUCAG